CUGUCUUUUUCCAUGAUCCAAAACCAUGGACACAAAAAAAACCACCGGAUCGAUCGAUCGACCUGGCUUACGAAUUGAACGAACGCUGUGCCAUGUCUGCGUCAACUCGCAAUCUACUAUCUAUAUAUAUGCACACGUCCGUUCAAGCCGAUGAAACACGAACUCAUCACACUACAACACACACUACUAGUAGUGAUUAGCAAAGUAUCAUCAGGAGAUCCUCGUCCAGUCUUAUCUUAUCUAAUCUAUUACCACCGUUGAUCUAGUGGUUGAGCUAGCUAGGGCAGCAAAGAUGAUUACGGGUUCGGAGGUGUACGCGGUGGUGGAGGCGAUGGUGCCGCUGUACACGGCGGCGGCGCUCGGGUACGCGUCGGUGCGGUGGCUCAAGGCCUUCUCCAACGAGCAGUGCGCCGGGAUCAACCACUUCGUGGCGCUCUACGCCGUGCCGGUGCUCAUCUUCGACAUGGUCUCCACCAACGACAUAUACAAGAUGAACGGCCGCCUCGUCGCCGCCGACACGCUGCAGAAGGCCGUGCUGCUGCUCGGCCUCAUGGCGUGGGCGCUCUGGGAGCGCUCGCGCCGCCGCGCCGGGGCCAAGGGGGCGGCGGCGCCGUCCCCGCUGCAGUGGGUGAUCACCUGCUUCUCCGUCGCGUCGCUGCCCAACACCAUCAUCAUGGGGGUGCCGCUCCUCAACGGCAUGUACGGGCCCGUGUCCAAGGAGCUCAUGAAGCAGAUCGUCGUCAUGCAGUUCUGCAUCUGGUACAACGUCGUCAUCUUCCUCUACGAGUACAUGGCCGCGCGCAGAGCCGCGGCGGCGCCGGCGCCGGCGUUGGACGGCUGCGCCAAGAUCAGCCCUUCGUCGCCUGUGAAAGCCGCGGCGGCGGAGAAAGGCGCCGCCCCUGAAGCGAACGGCGCCGGCAAUGUCGCGGCCGACCGGCCGCAAGAAGUGGCGGUGAGCAUCGAAAUCACCGAGAUGACGGCGUCCACGGCACGAGACGGCUUCCCCGGCGAGACGGCGGCGGCCGCCAAGGAGGCCAGCGAUGGCGCGGACGCUACGGUGGAGGAGGCCUCGGCGCCGGCGCCGUCGAUGAAGCACGUUGUCUGGAUGGCAGUGAAGAAGCUCCUGCAGAUUCCGAAUACCUAUGCAAGCUUCCUUGGCCUCAUCUGGUCUCUAAUCGCAUUCAAGUGGGGAUUCACGAUGCCAAAAAUUGUUGAGGACUCCCUGUUCACCAUUCGCACCACAGCUGUUGGCCUAAGCAUGUUUUCUUCAGGGACAUUCAUAGCGCGGCAGUCGCGGUUCGUGCCGUGCGGCUACAAGAUCGCGUCGUUCUCGAUGGUCAUCAAGUUUCUGAUAGGCCCUGUUGUGAUGCUGUUCGCCUCGCUCGUCAUCGGCAUGCACGGCACGCUUCUGCACAUCGCUGUCGUUCAGGCGGCUUUACCCCUGGCCGUGACUUCAUUUGUGUACGCUGAAGAGUAUAAGGUUCAGGCAGACAUCAUGAGCACAGGGGUUAUUCUUGGGAUAUUUAUAUCACUUCCUGUCACAAUUGUCUACUAUAUUUUGUUAGGGCUCUGAUUGUGAUAUGUACAUUAGUCGAAAGCUGAAAUUGCAUGUGCUGCUGUGCAUAUGUAGGAAGACAGAUACAACGAGUAACUGAAGAAUGACAACAGGAUGACAUGAUAUCCCCCUGAAGCCAGAAGAUUGAUAUUCAGGGAGAGAGAGUGAGAUGUGACCAUAAUGUUUGUUAAAAUUGCAUAAUAAGAUUUUGAUCACUAAAACGCGGCACAUACAUACAUUCAUAUAUGUUGAAACUUUUGCAAUGUACAGUAAGUAUACAAAGAAAUGGUUUACAACCCAUCGGUUGAUUCUGCAAAUAUUAAAAGCAGAAAGUGAGUACAAAGCAAAAUGU